ACGAGGGCGUAAUCGGUGCGAGUCAUGUUGUGGUGUUGCUACCAGAAGGAGGAGCUUGUUGUGGUGCAGUCAGCCUGGAGAGCGCGGUGCUGGCCGAGGUGGGAGUAACGGGGUAACCGGGCUUUUGUCUGUUGCUCUGUACUUUGACAGUGCCCAGGAGUCUCCACCUUGCUGGCUGUAAUUACUCUCUGACCAGGUAAAGGGAUCACAAUUUUGAUUUUGAUCACUCGACAAGGAAGAACAUCGGAGAAUCCACUGAUAUCUACAUAUUCACAAGUAGGCAGUACCUGCGUGUGAUUUUUGCACGGUUUUGCACACUUUUUCUUUUCCAUGCAGACGAAUGAGGGAGAAACACCUGAAGAAAGCUGUUCCCAGAGAGAAGGAGCAAGAAAGGGAAGAACAGUUAAUGGAAGACAAGAAAAGGAAGAAAGAGGAUAAAAAGAAGAAAGAAGCUGCUCAGAAGGUCACAGAACAAAAAACCAAAGUGCCCGAAGUGACGAAACCAAGUUCAAGCCAAGCGACGGCCGCCAGCCUACCUGGCAGCUCCCCCUCGCCACCAGUCAAUGGUGGCAACAAUGCCAAAAGGGUGGCAGUGCCGAACGGACAACCGCCCAGCACCGCCCGCUAUAUGCCUCGGGAGGUGCCGCCGCGAUUCCGCUGCCAGCAGGACCAUAAAGUGUUACUGAAGCGUGGACAGCCUCCUCCAGCGUCCUGUAUGCUGCCGGGGGGAGGAGCAGGGGCUCCCCCCUCAACCACUGCUCCAGGGGCCUGCCCCGGCAACGCACAGCCAGGGGCGGGGGCACUGCUGCCAGGGGAGAGCGGGCCUACAACAGAAUCAUCAUCGGGGGCAGCUGCUAAUUCAAAUUAUGCAAAUUCCACUUGGGGCUCAGGAGGCCCCACCAGCAGCGGCCCCACCGCAAACCCUCCCCAUGCCUGGGACAAAGUGAUUGUAGACGGGUCGGACAUGGAAGAGUGGCCUUGCAUAGCCAGCGUGGACGCAGAGCCCCCUUCCGACAACGCCACAGACAACAACAGUGCCUCGAACUCAGCCUCGGAGAAGGGACCCCCACAAGGAAGCACCACUAGCCACAAAGGGCGGGGGGGCCAGCAGCAGCAGCCUGGUAGUGAAUGUAUCCAGGGCGUCUGGAAAUCUGACCCCAAGGCUAAGCCUGUCCCGUCUUCCAACCCUGCUGCAGAGGGUGUAAAUAGACUGGGAAACUGGAGAAAUGGGGGUGGGUCAGAGAGAACAGGUUCUGCCUCUGGUUUCAGCAACUUUAAUCCAAAUACCAACCCAACUGCUUGGCCUGCCCUUGUUCUGGAAGGCAACAGGAAAGGGAACCCAGAGUCAGACAGCAGCUUUUCUGGCACACAACUCGGCCCAGUGGGUUUGACCUCUCGGGAGCAGCAGUCAAAGAUGGAAAACGUGGGUUCCAGCUUUGCAGGAUCGGGCAGGGAACCUGCCACAACCCAUCACACUGACGGACCAAAAAAUGGAAACACUAACUCUACGAACUCAAAUACUUCGAACCCCCCUGAUAACAAGGGAACAGCUUUUGGGGUGGGCUCAUUGGAUUCCUGCCGGGGUUCAGACUCCCCUUCUCAAAGCACUGGAGAAAGAAAGAAUGGGGGGGUGGUCUCUUGGGGAGCAGGAAGGGGUCAGUCUGCCACAGGAGAUGCUAAUUGUGGACACAGCAACUCCGGGAGCAAUGGACGAGAGAGGGAGGACGCAAGGAAAGCGCCUUCAUCUCAUAGGCCCAAUGGGUCAAGGGGGGAAUCUUGGGAAAGCAAAAGUGGGAAUGGUUCUUGGGGUUACAGCCAGCAGGCAGACCCCAAUGAAGUGAAAUGGGGUGAAGGGAACAAAUUGGGGGCUGGAGGGGCGUCUCAGGGAGAAUGGAAGCAGCCAGCCGGGCAUGAGGACUUAAAGGUGGGAGAGUGGGGAGGCUUGAACCAAGGAAAUUCUAGCACUGGAGCAUGGGACAAUCAGAAGGGCCACUCUCUAUCGGAUAACCAGGGCAACACGUCAUCGGCAGCCUGCUGGGGGCGAGCCUCCAGCUCUGCAGGAAGUGAAGCAGGGGGGCAAAGCACUGGAAGCAACCCUAAGGCAGGUGGCAGUGGGGGAAGUGGAGACAGCCUGAACUCCAGCAAUCGACGUUCAAAUAGGCCUGCCCUCCCAGACAGCCAGGCUGCUCUUCAGACUUUACUGAGCCGCACUGACUUGGAUCCCCGAGUGCUGUCCAACUCUGGCUGGGGCCAAACCCAGAUCAAGCAAGAUGCAGCAUGGGAGGGUGAGCAAGUACCCGCUCGACCUGAAGGCAAAUCAGACCGUGGGACUGAUGGUUGGGAGAACGUGUCCCAAGCCAAAACCUCAGGGGGUUGGGGGGAUGCUCCCAGCCAAAGCAAUCAAAACAAGUCAGGCUGGGGGGAGCCCCCUGUCCCUACACCUUCAACCCAAGAAUGGAAGGACACCAAAGCAACUGGCUGGAAUGACUAUAAAAACAGCCCAACUGGUUGGGUUGGUGGAGGAGGUGGGGGGAUUGGAACACGACCAGAGGACAAGGCAGUUCCAGGAUGGAACAAUGAAAGUGCCGGGGCUACAGAGCCUGGGUGGGGUACGCGCCAGUCUAAUCCUGGAGGUGGCUGGUCAGCAGGAAAAAAUGGUUGGGGGGGAAGCAGCAGUGAGGACAUAGAGACUCCUAAGGGCCCUGGGGGCUGGGAAGGCUCAGGAAGUAAAUCCUCCUCUGGCUGGGGUGAAGUUGGACAAAAUGAUGUUGGUUCUUGGGGUAAUGGGGCAAACUCAAAUACAGCUCCACGAACUGGUUGGGAGGAGACUAAGAGGCCCCAGGGAGGAGGAAACUGGGGUGAGGCAGCUAGGCCCCAACUACCCUGGAACAAACAGCAGGAAGCAACGCCAGCUUCAGCAAAUCCUGGCUCCUGGGGAGGCUCUCAGGCUCCCCCUCCACCUGGAAAUGGGAGGUCACAGCCAAGUUCAGGGUGGAAGGGUGGCCCUCAGCCAACUGUUUCGAAGGAGGAAGAGUCAAGCGGCUGGGAGGAACCAGCACCACAAUCCAUUGCUCAUAAAAUGGACAUUGACGAUGGAACAGCAGCUUGGGGAGAUCCUGGCAGUUACAACUACAAAAAUGUCAGCCUGUGGGACAAGAAUGCUCAAGCAGGCCCUGGGCAGAUGACUCGGGAGCAAGGAAUACCCGGGUCAAUAACAAACAAGGCAGCUCCCUCAGUGUGGAGUAAAAACAAAGGACCGCCAGCUGACAAUGGGACAUCAGCCUGGGGUGAGCCAACUGAGCCUGCUUCAGGUUGGGGAGAAGGUGAGGAGUCAGGUCCACCAACUCCAGGAUGGGGAAAUGCACCCCAAGUAACUCCCAGUGCCAUGAAAUCUGGUACAAAAUCUAUGCAAGACGGCUGGGGUGAGAGUGAUGGGCCAGUGACAGGAACACGUCACAGCAGCUGGGAUGAAGAAGAGGAGGGUGGAGUCUGGAACAGUGCAGGAUCUCAGGGAAGUGGCUCCUCCCACAACUCAGCAGGUUGGGGACAAGGAGGAAAGAAACCACAAAUCAAGGGUCCCUUAAAAGGAGGGAGCAAUGAUUCCUGGAUGAACACCUUGCCCAAACAGUUCUCCAACAUGGGAUUGUUGAGCCAAGUUGAUGAUCCCUCUGCAAUUAAGAUGGACCAUCCUGGAGGGCUUCCAGAUAAGAAGUUUGAGACAGACAAGCGAGGCGUGAAUCUCGGGGAUUUCAAUGACAUGAUGCGGAAGGACCGGUCUGGCUUCCGUCUGAACAAUUCCAAAGAGAUGGGAGCUGCAGACAGUGGGCCUUAUUUUGAGAAGCUGACUUUGCCUUUCUCCAAUCAAGACGGGUGCCUUGGGGAUGAGGCUCCCUGUUCCCCCUUUUCUCCCUCCCCUAGCUACAAGCUAUCUCCCUCCGGCUCCUCGCUCCCUUCCAUGGGCCUGGGGGCUAUCGGUUCUGGUCUCAACCCCCAAAACUUCGCUGCUAGACAAGGUGGCAAUCACGGACUAUUUGGAAACAGCGGUGCACAAUCGCGAGGCAUGCACAACCCUGUGCCAUCGCUCAAUUCCUCUCCCAACCUCCGGGCACAAGUGCCUCCCCAGUUCCUCUCUCCCCAGGUCUCGGCCUCCAUGCUGAAACAGUUCCCUAACAGUAACAUGAAUCCAGGACUCUUCAAUAUGGGGCCGCAGCUAUCCCCUCAGCAGAUUGCAAUGCUGAGCCAGCUUCCUCAAAUUCAGCAGUUCCAGCUGGCAUGUCAGCUCCUCUUGCAGCAACAACAACAACAACAGCAACAGCAACAGCAGCAGCAGCUUCUUCAGAAUCAGAGGAAAAUCUCACAAGCAGUCAGACAGCAGCAGGAACAGCAGCAGAUAGCACGUAUGGUGAGUGCCCUCCAACAGCAGCAGCAGCAGCAACAACAACAACAGCAGCAGCAACAGAGGCAGCCAGGAAUGAAGCACUCUCCCUCUCAUCCUGCUGGACCCAAAGCUCAUUUAGACACUGUUGGCCUCUCAGACAUGCAAGCUAAAGGGCACAUGCCGUAUGGCUCUGGUUUUGGCUCAAGUGGAAUGGAAUAUGGUACAGUAGGUAAGGAGACUGGAGCAGAGUCUCGAUUUAAACAGUGGACAUCCAUGAUGGAGGGGCUACCGUCCACUGUUUCUCAAGAUGCCAGCCUACAUAAGAAUGGCUCCAUUGCACCCCCAUUAAAAAAUCGUGGAGGUUCCCCCUACCACCAAUUUGACAUGAUGUCUACAGAUGUUUUGGGAGGGCAUGGGGGGCCAACAGCUGAGAGCUGGUUACCUGCCAAAUCACCCCCUUCAAACAAAAUUGGAAACAAGUCAAUCAAUGCCAGCUGGCCCCCAGAGUUUCAGCCAGGAGUGCCAUGGAAAGGGAUCCAAAAUAUUGAUCCAGAAUCCGAUCCUUAUGUUACCCCUGGAAGUGUGCUGGGGGGUCCAGCCCCAUCUCCCAUUGUAGAUACUGACCACCAGCUACUGCAGGACACCCCCACAGGGUCCAAUUCUUCCCUCAACACCUCGCUGCCUUCACCUGGUGCCUGGCCCUUCAGUGCCUCUGAGAAUAUCCAUAGCACUUCAGCACUCUCUGCAAAGUUUGGGGACUACAAAUCAACCUGGUCACCAGACCCCAUAGGACAUAACCCAUCACAUCACUCGAACAAGAUGUGGAAAAACCAGAUGUCCAGGAACAGCCCUGGACUGCCUCGCCCACCUCCAGGGCUCACAAACAACCCCAAAUCCACCAACUCUCCCUGGAAUAGCACAGCACCUCGCUCUGUUAGGGGCUGGGGAGGACAGGACUCCAGAAUGGCUUCCGCAUCAGCUUGGAGUGAUGGUGGAUCUGUGCGCCCCAGCUACUGGCUGAUCCUUCUCAAUCUCACACCACAGAUCGAUGGUUCCACCCUGCGAACAAUCUGCAUGCAGCAUGGCCCCCUGCUGACAUUCCAUCUCAACCUUACCCAGGGCACAGCUCUAAUCCGAUACAGCACCAAACAGGAGGCAGCCAAGGCCCAAAGUGCCCUCCAUAUGUGUGUUCUGGGUAAUACAACUAUCCUGGCGGAGUUUGCAACGGAUGAGGAGGUGAGCCGGUAUCUUGCACAAGCUCAGCCACCAGCUCCCUCUGCUCCAGGAGCAGGCUGGCAGCCUUUGGAAGUGGGACCGAACCACCCAGCUGAACCAGUAGGACCAGCCCUGAACCUUUUUGGAGGAGCCACAGGGCUAGGGCAAUGGAGCAGUGGAGGUGGUGGUAGUGACCUGUCAGGAGUUUCCCUCUGGGGUACACCUAGCAGCUACACAUCCAGUCUGUGGGGUGUACCGAGCACAGAGGACGCCCACAGGAUGGGCAGCCCUGCCCCAUUACUACCCGGUGACCUUCUGGGAGGAGGGACUGACUCGAUAUGAACUUUGAACUUUCAACUCUGACCUCGUGACCUUUCAGAGCAGCAGCACUAACUUGACCUUUUUGUGUUUUUUUUUUUUUUUUUUCAAACUUGCAAUAAAAACUUUUUUUUUUUAACAAAAAAAUUGGGGGAAAAAAAGAAACCGGAUACAGAUAGAGAUAUCAGGUGGGUGCAAACUAAGACUCCUGAUCGCCAACGUUGCAAAAACUUGCGGUCACUUUUAUAAGUGGUUGGUUUAACUUUUUUGUGCUUGCGAAUUACUUCCUCCCCCACUGGAUAUCUGAAGAAAGUGGGAGGAGGAAUAAAGAAAAAAAAAAAGUCUGAAACAGAUGGGGGGGGAAAUGUAGAAAAUGGAAAAAAGGACAAAAAAAACAUAUCUGUCUCGAAAUACUUGAAUACCGAAAGCCAAUGUUGAAAGACAAUGUGAAUUCAUAAAAUCUACCCUAUUAGUACCUUGUGUGCCGGAUAGGUCUAUAAUAUGUCAUAAGGACCUUUCUGACAUCCACGGAGUUAAAUCCUGUUCUGGGGAGGGUGGGCAGAGCUGAGUGUUUAUCUAGAACUAUUACAUGGCAUUUUCUGAAAGCUGGAUGAAAAGAAGGCAACAAUGCAGACAAAAAGGUAAUUUAAAUAAUAAACCCUUUUGUGCCAGAGGGGUGCAUUAUGCUGCAAAAGAACAUGCUGAUAUUUCCAGGGCCUGAGCUAGUGAAGGGUGCAAAAAGGGCAAUGCAGAAAAGCUUAUACAUGAGAACUGCUUAUAUCAGGGAUUUCCAUCCUCUAGGCCUCCCCCUGCUGUUGGCUGCUUGGAGGUUUCUUGGGAGUCAUGGUUAAACAGUAGCAAAAGCAACACAAGGCUGAUAUUCUGUUCUUACACAAUAUGUUAACUUAGAGUUUUAGCAAGAGGCACCAAAUGUUCCUGGGAGCCUAGCAAAAUCUACACUUUUAAUGCCCGCCCUGUGCUAAACUGGCCCUGGAUAUGAAUUCUUCUGCCUUUUACUAAUAAAGGUUAAUGGAAGUAGAUUCAUCUCCACCAUACUAUUACCAAACAUUUCAUAGUAAGGCAGAAGGAAAGCUGGCAAUUACCUUUAUUUAUUUGUGUUACGCAGGGAUGUACAGAUAGGUUUAGCCCAACUUCCUCAGACUAAUCCUGUAGCCAUGUUACAGCGUCAGUCCCUACACUUUAUUUUAGUUGGCUGAAUUAAUCAUCAGUGUGUUUUUAACCAUCCACAGACAAUGCUGCAGAAAACCUACGUCAGGGUAAAGAUGUGGUCUGGGCAGCCUUGUAUGAAAGCGAAGCCCACCUUCUGGGCCCUACUUACAGAAUUCAACUGUUCCUUCACAAUUUCUUUCCGUCACAGGAUAAAGAUAACCUUGUGCACUAUAUCAGUGGGGAGAAGAUUCUCCUUUAAACCUUUUUAUUAUCAGCAAGACUUACAUCCUUGCAUUAAGCUCAUCUGGCUAUAAAAUGAAUUAGUUGCUUUUUUUUUUUUUUUUUUUUUUUUUUUUAUUAUAAAUGGAAAAAAAAAAAAACCCAAGCUUUCACUCCAUCUCUGUUGUGGCACUUUAAAGAUGAGAACCUCAUUCUUGCAAAAGACUUUGUAUUACCUGUAAAAGAUGAACAUGUUGACAGCAGUUGGCUUAUUUGGAAAAUGCAUCCCCAACUCGGGGGGGGGGGGGGUUUACAGCAUUUGAUAAGGAAUUCCUAUUUCAGUGUUUUCAUUGCCGUAGCAUUCUAUCAGCAGAAGGCUUUCCUUGAUUAUUCAUUAACGCAGCUCUUAAUACUAAUGAAGGGACAUCUCUUUAUCCAUGUAACCACCAACUAGAAGUUUUCCAAUCUGUGUUCUAUAUUUUACAAACAAGCUAAAUUUAAAGGCACAUUUGUGGAUCUUGAAAGGUAUCAUUGCCAUGAAACUGCUUAUUAACCAAAAGCAAACUACCCUGCAGUUGUACAAAGCCUGAUAAUGGGGGACAAAGGAGUCUUAAAGCCCUAUAUUUUUAUAUGUAACCAUUUUUUGCACCAAGACUGUCUGAGUUAACGCUUUACUUUUGGCUGCUUAAGACCCAGAGUUGGUGGAUACAUUAGCACUUCUGAGCAGAGGGAAUCAUUUUUGUGAGGUUAGCGAGUGAAGUUGUUAGAAUUACUGAUGCCACUUUAAAAAGGAAAAAAAAAAAAAGAAGCAAAUGACAAGCUAAACCAUUUCAUUGGCAUAGGCCAAAGACUAAUAGUACACACGCUUCCACUCUGCAUCUUAAGAAUGAUUGGGAAAGUUCAGCAGAGAGAUCACUGAUAUUGCUAGGACAGAGCAAGAUAACAACUGAAUAAUGAGAGCACGCAUUUCAAGGGUUGUGCAUUUUAUUAUAUAAAUGUUUGGGUGUUAAUGUUAAAAACAAAUACAAUGCAAAGUGCAUACAUGUCAAUCAAUGGCAUGCACUCACAUUUGUAUUUUGAUUAGCAUAGCAAGGGCUCCUUCAAUCCCAAAUCAUUGGUUUGCAGCUAAAUAUGUGGUUUAUUAUGCUCACGGUGGUUAAUCACAAGGUCCUAACGUGAAUUACUACACUAAGAAUAAUAAGGCCUAUUUCUAGCUGCUACAAUGUGUGAUCAAGCCCUUAAGCUUGGGAGAAGCCAACUUAUUUGUUAAGGAAGAGUAAUAAAGUUGAAUAUGUCUUGCAAGAAGUGCUGAUGACCUUAAUUUAGUGUAUUUAGUUUUGGGUGCAAAUGAAUUUGAUGCCGAGGUACUUUACUUGUUGCAAUUCCUUCCUUUGGUCUCUGUUCCCCCUCUGAGAUUGCUGCCUUUCCUGUGUUGCUGCCUGUAACGCAUAACUCAUUUAUAACACAAAUGAUAGGGUACAAUCCCUAAUCUUAUUUCCUGAUGUCCUCACUAGAUAAUACCUGGAGCAGAUACCUAUGAACUGUAGGUUUGUUAGUGCUACCUCCACCAAGUAGGCAAUCCUGCUUAUUCUUGUUUAAUCUUCUCCCUGAACUGAGUUACUGAUGCAUAAAUGCCUUUUCCCUCUCUUCUGUGCCUACCGAAUGCUUGAUCAAGCCAGAUAAUUGUCCUUUGAUAUCACAAUCAUUCAGGUGGCUUUUUAUGUAGGCUCAGUUAGAAAAUAAAUGUAGGGAACACUCCAGGUUUAUCAUUUAUGGUGAAACGAAGGGCAGUUUUUAAACUGGCAUCAAAGAAGUGGCAAAAGGUGCUUUAUGACUGAAACUGGAAAAUUCCUCUACCUUCGUUGUUUACCAAAGCCUAUGCUUAUUGGACAAAGAACAGGGAUUUCUUCUGGCCAUUCAUAAAUGAAUGGAAUGCUUAUGGUGAUCACGCGGUCACCCCCUCGCCGCCCAUUCAUUCACAUUGUUGACUCGUCCAUCCCAUAUCUCACUGCUUUUUUAACAUGAUAUUUACCACCUUCAGCACUGAAGGGGAAAUAGACUGGGGCCUGCUAUCUACUCAACUAAACAGUCUUCUUCCAUGAGACAAAUUUUGUUUCUGUUAGGCACCUUAUAGCCAAAUAUAUAGAAGGUACUUGAUAACAUGGCGGGAAACUGCUUAGUUAGUAUAGGCCUAUAACUAUGCAUUAUUGUGGGCUGCUUAGAAAUCUGCAGUGGUCGCUAUGGAGCAGCGGCUCGGCGUACAGUGACCAUUUUAAUAACUAAACUGUGAGACAGUGUCUGUGUGUUUGUGUGCGUGUGUAUGUUUGACAUGGGUUAAUGUAUUUUGAAAGUUGUCCCAAUUUCUGGAUUCUUAUCUUGUUACCGCAUUGCGUUUUAUUUUUUUUUUAUUAAACUGCCUUUAUCAUG